GUGUUCCUUGAGGAAUUGGGGUGGUGACGUCUUUUCUGAUACCCGAUUAUUACGUGACUGAGGAAAAAAAAAAGGCAUUUGAUUCAUGAAUAAAAAUCCGGACACCACUACGGGGGCAACAAACAAUAUUGCCCGUCCUCUAAGGUGACAAGCAGGCAAAUGUUUACGAAGAGGGCUCUUGCUGAAGCGGGGUGUUUGCAAAGAUUUUCUUGCUAAUUGCGUAUCAGACGGAAGGCUGCGGAAGGCUGGUCAAGUUUGGAGCCACCGAGCAGAAGAAGAGAAGGCUGAAGGCGCUCAGUGAGGGGAGAGAUCUGGGGAAGACAACAUCGCACGCAGCCAGCCCGCGGCUCCCGCCUCCGCUCUCUCCCGGACUCGCUCGCUCUCUUCCCUCUUCCCCAGCGCUCGGUUCUCCGGCGACAUCUCGCUCCAUCCCUCUUACUCAAUUACCUUGUAGACUCCACUCCAGAUCUGUGCUGCUACCUGCAAACUUUUUUCCUUUAUCUUUUUUUUCCCCUUCCUGUCUCUCUUUUUCUUUUUGGAGUGGAUAGCCCUAAAACCAGCAAACAACUAACUGCUGCCGCUUCUGCAUCUUCUGCAUCCUGCCGGUCCUUCGCCCAGGGGAGAGGCGAUGUCACGAGGGUUUUAACUCCUUUUGGACGCAACUUGGGCGAGAGCUCGAUUUCUCUCCCCCUGCCCAUUUUGGGUCUUUAUUUUUUUUUUUUUUUUUCCCGCAAGACCUGCCGUUUUAGUUUCGCAGCCAAACGCUCUCAGUGCCGAGUGUCUAGAGUUUAAUGCAGUUUCCUUUCCCUCCCGUACAGAGUGGCAAUGUGUAGCAAAGCGAUCUUAGCACUCCUGGUCUAUGGCAUAAUAAUGCACUGCAGCGUCUACUGCUCACCUGCGGCCGGACUUCAGUACCCGGCGCUCAGGCUGGAGGAUGAAGUCUACGACGAGGACGGGAACACCCUGCAGGACUUCGCCUACGACCAAGAGCCCCUCGGUAUAGCGAAUCCGUCCUCCAUGAUCGGCGAGAUGUACACCUUGUAUUACCCACCGGAAAAGAGGCACGCCGAUGGGAUCUUCAACAAAGCCUACAGGAAACUCCUGGGCCAGUUAUCUGCCAGGAAAUAUCUGCACUCCCUGAUGGCCAAGCGGGUCGGCGGUGCCAGCGGCGGCCUGGGGGACGAUGCGGAACCGCUGACCAAGCGGCACAUAGACGGCAUCUUCACGGACAGCUACAGCCGCUACCGGAAACAGAUGGCUGUCAAGAAAUACCUAGCAGCCGUCCUGGGGAAAAGGUAUAAACAAAGAGUUAAAAACAAAGGACGUCGAGUAGCGUAUUUGUAGCGAUGUGAGUAACCAGCCACUCCUGUGUAUACAAAGUCCUAAGAGAGAGAGAGAGAGAGAGAGAGAGAGAGAGAGAUAAACCCAACAACAACAAAAUCUAAACAAAAACAAAAGUCAUUUCCAAACUGACUGAACAAUCACCGCUCCUGUGUUAUCUAAACAUGUAUUUAUGUAUGAAGUAAAGCCAUUAAAUGAAUAUUUUGAUAAUAA